AUGGCUGGGGCGGGACUAUCGAAGCGCGGUGCGGCUAAUGUCGACAAGAUCAUGCCGGGGAUAAGUGCUGCUUUGCUCGAAAGAACGAAGCCCACUGCUCCCCGUAUUGAUCUCUCCACUGCCGAGAACUGGCUGCUGCGAGACGAGAUCAUCGAAUUAACCAAAGAUGGCAUACGAGAUGGACUGAAGCCUCAUCAUCUCUCGUAUCCCAACGAAUUUGCGGGUGACGCCGACCUUAUCAAGGCUCUGGCAGCUUUCUUCAAUAAAUACUUCCAUCCUCAUAUCCCCGUUGAGCCUGACCAUGUUGCAACCGCGCCAGGGGCAGCGACUUGUCUGAAUACUUUUCUCUACAACACCUGCGAGCCGGGAGAAGGAGUCCUCGUACCCGCCCCCUUUUGGAAUGGAUUCGACUGGCUUUUCACUGCUCGGUCGUCUGCAGUGCCGGUAAUGGUUCAUGUCGAGAAGAGUGAAGAUACCCUCACUGCUCAACUGAUCCCAGCCCUUGAAAAGGCGUACAGCGAGUCCAAAAUCCCGAUUCGAGGCCUUUUGCUCACUAACCCUCAUAACCCCUUCGGCCAGUGUUAUCCAAAGUCUGUACUGGAGGACUGCAUCAAAUUCUGUCAUGGCAAAGGUAUUCAUUACAUUUCAGACGAGGUCUAUGCGCUCUCGUCAUUUGAGAAUCCUGAGAUCCCAGACGCUGCGCCUUUUGUGUCUGCACUGCAAAUCGAUGUAGCCAGGCUCGGCUGCGAUCUUUCGCGAGUGCACACCUUCUGGAGUACCAGUAAGGACUUUGGUUCAAAUGGAUUCCGGGUGGCGAAUAAGGAGAUGCAUGUUGCCCUCGCUCUAGCUUCCAACACAGAGACAAGCAGCCUUGCUGCAGUCGCUUCAACAGCACUUCUCACAUCACCGAAGCUGCCAGAUCUUCUACAGUUGAACUCCCAACGCCUGAAGGAGGCAUAUACUACCAUCACAGACUUCUUUAAGAGAAAGGGUAUUCGCUACAUUCCUGUGAAUUCAGCGCCUUAUGUGUUUGCACGACUGGUGCCAAACGCACAAUCUUGGGAGGAAGAAAGCUUUAUGAUCGGUCAGUUAAAGCUAGCUGGCGUCGUCGUUAGCAGUGGCAAGGCGUACCAUGUUAAUGAAGAAGAGAAAGGAUGGUGCAGGAUGACAUUUGCGCUGGAGAGAUCCAGGUUGGAGGAAGCCAUUAAGCGCAUGGAGACUGUCAUCGGCCAACAGGAACAUCUGCACCCGGCAAACGGCUCGAUCAUUCCACAUCUGCUACUCCUAGCAGCGCAGUUACUGAUUCUCGCCGGCCCUCGUCAGCUCCCCGGACGCCGAAUAGUAGCUGCGACGGUAAUUCUCACGCUGGCAGUGGUAGCCCAAUGCAAUCGAUUUACCAACAACCCAGGACUUGCCAACCUCUUCGCCCUGGCGUGGCCUCACUGGCUCUCGGCUUUGGAAAAGACCGUUUUUGCAUCCCCAGGAGGACCCGAAAAUGAUCUAUGGAGAAUAGACCGUGCCACUAGAGAAGCUAUUGCAUGGCCAGCUCUGGGUUGGAGGAAGAUAAAAUGGGCAGUGACCAUUCUGCUGAAUCUCAGGGGUAUCAGAUGGAGCUACCAGGUCAAAAAUGUUCCUCCGGUUGCAGGUUUGGACCGUAUGAGCCGUGUACGAUUCCUGAUAUGGCGUCUUACUGAGUUCGCCUUGGUUAUAUUGAUGGCGGACCUGGUUUCACAGAUGGGUCGCCGUCUUUUCUUCAGCAAUGCUGCUGGCGUUGUGGGAACUCUGGACUCCAAGUAUAUCACUGUCAGCGACCAUCGAUUGGGAUGGAGCUUCCUGAAGGCCUUGACUUUUGGACUGGGGCCAUACUACUUUAUCAACAUGCAAUAUCUUGUUGUCUCCAUUGUGGCCGUAGCGUUGGGUAUCAGUCGACCAUCACUGACAAGCCAAAAGUCUCUUAGCACGAUCACCGGCGCCUUUGUCGAUGCUGUAGGCAUCCACCGGGGCACAAACGCAUCCUCCUAUACCCAGCUUUGGCUGGCCUUCACCAUCUCGGGUGUGAUGCAUGCUCUUUCACAGUUGUUGAUGCCUCGACCGGCAAACAUCACACCCGGCGAGAUCGUUAUUGGCAUCUUCCUCUUCUUCCCUUGUCAGGCGGCGAUGAUCACAGCUGAGGACUUCGUCAUCUGGCUGUGGAAGAAGCGUCUCGGCCUGCAGACGCCACUAUGGGCGCCGGCCGUGGGCUAUGUCUGGGUUGUCUGCGCUCUCUGGUUCUCGCUCCCCUUUGCGGGCGAUGCCAUGGUCCGUUUGAAGAUGGGAGAGGUGUCUCCGCUGCCCUUUACGCUGGCGGCUCCUCUAGUCCGCAUGAUCCCGGUUCCAUAA